UGUAGUUAAUACUUGCAGAUCUUUCUAACUUGAUUGAGAUGAGAAACUAUUAUCUAAGAGACAACUGACAGAGUGAAACACGUUUAUUGAUAUUUGUAACUCUCGUGCUAUGUCGCUAUGCUUAUUUUUAACUAAAUUUCCCAUGGGGUGAUAGUCACAUGACAGUUCGCUCCCGCGGGAAUAGCAGUGCUGCAGUUUUGAGGUUUCCGCCAUCGUACGUGAGAGAACGUGGAUUCUUGUGGUUGUUGAUGUCUCGUCUGCUUUGUUAUCUUGUUUACUACUAGUGUCUUAGAUUCCCAGUUUCCCAUCGCUGCUACGUGAGAGAAUGUCAAGGUAUUUAGUUUGACCGGUCAUAUCUAGGGGUAUGUUUCUUGUGCGCCAUAGCUGCUGAGGUUGUGUCUGAGAAGUUUCUGGGACCCUCCAUGCUGAGGCUGUUAUCUCGUCUUCGCUCGAGAAGCUCAUGGAACUUUCCAUGCGGGAGCGCACGUGCGUGUAGGAAAGGGAGGGGAGGCCUUUGUCUCAUUGUUUUAUGGGCUUUCAGGUAACGCACGUAAGCUGGUUGUCCUCUCAUAGUAGAGUUUAUAUGAUGGAUUUAUGAAAAGUGGUGACGUGGAGUGAUUUGACGAUUUUAUUUGGUGUUUGAUAGUUUUAUAUAUUUUCUUGAAGUUAUCUUCGUUGUGUUCGUGAUGGAAGCUUCUGUAUCCUUGCCUUCUGAUAGAAGUUGUAGAAAUGUGUAAAAUUUCAUCUUUCGUUUUUUGGUUGAUUUGGUUCUCCAGUGCAAGAAUAAAAGGAAUAGGGAAAGGAGGAAGUCACGCAAAAGACGCGGGAAUGGAUCGCGGAAACGCGGUCGGCGUGGAGGCGUGGAACGUCGUGAACGAAGGUUAAGGAUGCUGAGGGAGCAAUUAUCCACCUAAAUUGACACAGCAGCAUCCUUAUCGGCGCCGUGUCCCAACGAUUCGCUGGUUGUUGAUUUGACCCAAUCUGAAGAGUUAUCUUUGGGUUUUUAUGUUUUUCUUUGUGAAUACGGGUUAUAUUGGGUCAUGGACACGGGAGUAUCCGCGCCUGUGCAAACUGUACAAUGCAAGAAGAAGAAGAAGAAAAAUAGGAGGAAGAAUAAGUUACGUAAACGGUAUGUGAAUGGUUCAAGAACACGUGGUUGCCGUCGCGGUGUAGAAAAUCGUGAGCGAAGGUUGAAGAAGUUGGAGAAGCUGCUUUCCACGCAGCUUAGCACUGUGGCUCCAACAUCAGCAUCAAGUCCUAAUGGUUCUUCGGUCAUUGACUUGACCCUGUCCGAUGAGGAUACCAUUGAGUUACCCAAGAUCCUCUUUGAUCGAAGUCCUUGAUGCAGACGUUUGCGCGAAGAUUCGUUCCCUGAGGAGGUUCCUGACGAGGUUUUGGACGCUCACCUACGUCAUCUUUCUUCUGGUCAGCGGGAUCUUCCUUGCUGCAUGGUCCUAGUCUGGACAAAUUUCGUGAAAUAUAUCUUGACAUUUCGAAUGUUUAUUUAAAUUUAUUUGACGAUUAUAUUUUGUUUAUUCUGGUGUACAUAUGUGUAAAUGUGUGUUAAUAUGCUAGAAAGUGUUAUUUGGUAAUGUAGUUUUGAUAUAUUUCAUAAUUGUAAAUCAUGAUAUAUAUAUGUCGGAGAUAUAGAGACAUCGAGCAUUUCUUUUGGAAUACUUGGGCUCCAGGUGACGCAACUGGUUGCUGAACGUAGCCACGGUCACUGGCAGAACAUUUUGAUCUGACAGAAGAAGUACCGAUAUUGUGGGACACGCUGUAUUAACGGACAAGCCCCGGUCAGGAGAGAUGUCGGCUCUAUGCUGGACUGCCUAGCAACGGCGCCUGGAAAUUUGUUGAUAUUCCUAAUCAAUA